AUGGGUCUUCUGAAAUUAAGCUUAGUUCUUCUUUUACUUGAACUUCAGAGAUGGAGAUGGGUUUCUGAAACUAAGCUUAAUUCAUCUUUUUCUCGAAUUUCAGAGAUUGGGUCUGUGUACACCUUCAUUUGUAUUAAGGCCACCCCUGCAUCUGUGCCCAUAGGAAAGGGACUCUUUGCUGUGUUAGAACUCAAUUCACUAGAGAGUAACCAUCCAAGUUCCUUUAUUUUGCCAAAAGGAUCAGAAAUGCAAGCGCAAUUUGGUCUGCUUGAGGAAGAAAUCAAGGAGGUAAAACAGCAAGAAUCAAGUCGGCCAAGAAUAGGGAUCAGAGGGAUGAAGAAGGUCGCCGGGGAAGAAAACUUGAGGCUGAGUGAGGGCUUGUUGGCUCAGGCAUGGUACCUUGAGCUCGAGGCGGUUAAGAAGCAACACGCCAUGGACGUGGAUGCUCUCUCUUCUGCUCGCCAAGAGCUCGAACGGGUCCGUCAAGAGCUCAAAGUAGCAUUGGAAAGGAAGGAUGCUGCUGUCAAGAUGGCAGAGGAUGUGAAGAAUGUGGCCGAGGCCAAUGCUAGAUGGGUUCAAGAACUCUCUGCAGAGCUUGAAUCCGUGAAGGAAUCAUUGGCUAAUUCAAGAGAACAGUUAGAAAUCAAAGACACAAAUCUCAAGGCCCUGCGGAUUGAACUCGAAAAGCCAAACUACCUUGCUGUAGAAUUGGAGAAGAAAGAGGAGUCAUUAAUGAAAUUGAAAGAGGAUCUGACCAAUACAAAGGAUUCGGAGUCUAAAGCCAAGAUGAAGCUUCAAAUGGUUGAGGAUGAAAGGGAUAAAGCAAAGGAAUCAGAAUCUAAAAUGUUAAUCUUACUGACAUUACAAACAAAACAGCUUGAACAAACCAAGAUUUUGCUUGAAGAGUCUAAGCUUGAGAUAACCUGUCUUAAUGAGAAGGUUGAAUACUUGACAAGGUCAGCUGAGAAAAGGAGUACAGAAAAUACCCUCUCUCAAUCAAAGGCCCAAGCUUUAGCUCAGGAGUUUAACCUUCUUAGAACUGAACUGAAGUUAGCUACAGAUACAGAAGAGAAGUAUAGGAAGGCCAUGGAUGAUCUAGCAUUAGCCCUUACUGAAGUCUCAAUGGAGGCCAAUGAAGCAAAGGGAAAACUCAUCUCAAGCCAAUCUGAAAGGGAGAAUGCAAUGAGAGAGGUAGAACACCUCAAGAAGAUCACGAAAAGCACAGAAGAAAAGUAUCUAGAGCUCUUAAGUGAAGCAAGAAAUGAAAUCAACCAGAUCAAAGAUGAAGCCGAGAGACUGAGAUCAGAGGCUGAGGAAUCAAAUUUGGCCUGGAACAGAAAAGAACUUGGGUUUAUUAAUUGUAUAAAAGGAACUGAGGAGGAGUUUCAUGAAAUGAAACAAGAGAACAGCAGAUUAUUAGAAUCAAUAGAGGAGGCAGAACACAUGACUAAGGUGUCAAAGGGAGAAACCAACAAAUUGCGAGAUAUACUCAAACAAGCACUGAAUGAGGCUAAUGUUGCAAAAGAAGUUGCAGAGAUUGCCAGGGCUGAGAAUUACCAACUCAAGGAUAGCCUAGAAGAGAAAGAUAUUACUUCGCUGGAUCUAUCGCGAGAAAAUGAACAUCUGAGAAUCAAUGGAGCAGUAGCUCUUGAGAAUAUCAAGAACUUGAAGAGGUUGCUUUCAGCAGCAACAGCAGCAACAACAACAGGAACAGCUGCACAACCAAUCUCUAAAGAAAGUGAAGAAUGUAAGACCCUAGCUAAAGUUGUCAAUGUUGAUACUGAGGAUCUAAAGGUUUCAAAUGGGUACAAGGAAGCAGAUGGGAACCAUAUGGAUCAUGAUGUAAACAAACAAAGAAAGAAGAGGGCAAUACUAAAAAAAUUUGGACAUCUUCUGAAGAACAAUCUUUCAUAGGAGGGAGUCAUCAAUCAGCUAAGCACUUGUAAGUAUAACCCUCCAUAUAACCCUCCACUCAGAUAUAUUUGAUGUUGAUUAUGACAGAAACAUAAUCCAUUUUGCAGCUUUAUAUAUGUAUAUAGGCUGUUUGGUAGUUGGUUUGGACAGAAACUUACAUUUUUUCAA